AUGAAUAGAACCGCGAUCGAUGAAUUGAUUAAUGAAGGACAACUGUAUAAUACUGCUGAUGAUAAUCACGUCCAAAUCACUGUAAAUAAAUCAGCAAAAUUUAUUCCUAGUUUAUUGACCAUCACUUUAGAAAAUAAAGGUCAAUUUCCCAUACCAAAUAUAACUUGUAUUUUGAUAUUUGAAAAGAAAUAUUUAGAAAAGCAAGUGAUUUUUGAAAUAGAAUGCAUUGAAUCGGUUUCACAAGAAAUUAUGAAACCUAAAUCUUUUACUUUAAAUUCUCAAACACAAAUUAUUGAAAAGAUUUUAUUAGCCCCAUCUGAACUUCACCAAUGUGAGAAACGAAUACAUGUAGGCCCAAAAUUAUUUGAUGAACCUUUAAGCUAUAUCACAGUAGAUUUAUCCCCAUUCAUAUUACGUAAAUUGUGGAAUAUUCAUCCUAGUAUUGGGUUACAUGAUGGUUUAAUUUUCGAGCUUAUUUGGACUGUAAUACCUUCGGCUGUAACUCAAACUCAAUCAGGUUUAUCAAAUGUAGAAAUGACUAUUGAAAGGAAUGCCUAA